AUGGACCCCACCCCAGAAUCAAAAGAAGGGGACUACAACCGGAGGGGCAGUGAUUUCACGCCAAAGAAUACCAAGGCCCUGACCCAACAAUUGACAAAGACAAUGGUUGAUUUGCACUUGAAGUGCCUGGUUCAACAGGUGGAUUUUGACCUAGCAGCUGUCUUUCUGAAGCAGGAGAUGCCCAACUCCAACAUACGGAAAAUCGUCAAGAUGGUCCUGGAAGCCUUUGGCCGCACUGACCAACCUUCCGAGUCUGAACCAUACGGCCUCCCACCCAAGACCCCCUACCACCACCAACUCCGUGAAGCCGCCCUCCUUGUUGAGUCAACCCUGGAGCAGCACAAUCAAUCCCCAGCCAACCCGCCCCCCUUCUGCGUGAGGUUCCCCACACAACAAGAGGUGCUGAUCUUAUCCAUGGAAAGAGAGAAGAACUAUAGGUUGCUUCCAUCUGACAAAAUGCUAGUUUUGGUUGAUGAGCGUAGGGUGUGUGUGGGGAUUGGAGUUCCACCCAUUCCUGGGCAUGCGGAUGGAGAUGGCCUUUUGAUCUCCCAUGAGGAUCAAGCCCUAAACAGCCUGAAUAAACUGGCAUCUGCGCACAACUUCAACCAAUCCAUUGACAACCUUGUUCAAUCCAGCCCUGCCACCCAAGAUUACCCAUCAUCUAGUCCCAGCCCCCAACCUGUUCCACCCCAAACCCCCCAACCCCUGGACAUGAUCCACAAGGGCAAAAACCGAGACCCAAAAGAACCACAGGAACCUUUGGAGAAAAAGAAGGGGAAGAACAAAGGACAGACAUCUGAGGAGAUCAUCCCGAUCCCCCAUCAUGUUGCCCCUUGGCCGGCCAGCAGGCGGAACCCAAGGAGCCAACCAGCCUCACGCUCCCGCGAUGCACCCCAUUGGCGAACUCAGCAGCCGGGCAACACGCCGACGCCCGCUGGCUGUUGA